GCCAAUAGGAGCCGCGCUGGCUGGAGAGUAAUGUUACAGAGCGGAGAGAGUGAGGAGGCUGCGUCUGGCUCCCGCUCUCACAGCCAUUGCAGUACAUUGAGCUCCAUAGAGACAGCGCCGGGGCAAGUGAGAGCCAGACGGGCACUGGGCGACUCUGUGCCUCGCUGAGGAGAAAUAACUAAACAUGGGCAAAGGAGAUCCUAAGAAGCCGAGAGGCAAAAUGUCAUCAUAUGCAUUCUUUGUGCAAACUUGCCGGGAGGAGCACAAGAAGAAGCACCCAGAUGCUUCAGUCAACUUCUCAGAGUUUUCUAAGAAGUGUUCAGAGAGGUGGAAGACUAUGUCUGCUAAAGAGAAAGGAAAAUUUGAAGACAUGGCAAAGGCAGACAAGGCCCGUUAUGAAAGAGAAAUGAAAACUUACAUCCCUCCUAAAGGGGAAACAAAAAAGAAGUUCAAGGAUCCCAAUGCCCCCAAGAGGCCUCCUUCGGCCUUUUUCUUGUUUUGUUCUGAGUAUCGCCCCAAAAUCAAAGGAGAGCAUCCUGGCCUAUCCAUUGGUGAUGUUGCAAAGAAACUGGGAGAGAUGUGGAAUAACACUGCUGCAGAUGACAAGCAGCCUUACGAAAAGAAAGCCGCUAAGCUGAAGGAAAAAUACGAAAAGGAUAUUGCUGCAUACCGAGCUAAAGGAAAGCCUGAUGCCGCAAAGAAGGGAGUUGUCAAGGCUGAAAAAAGCAAGAAAAAGAAGGAAGAGGAGGAAGAUGAGGAAGAUGAAGAGGAUGAGGAGGAGGAGGAAGAUGAAGAGGAUGAAGAUGAAGAAGAAGAUGAUGAUGAUGAAUAAGUUGGUUCUAGCGCAGUUUUUUUUUUCUUGUCUAUAAAGCAUUUAACCCCCCUGUACACAACUCACUCCUUUUAAAGAAAAAAAAUUGAAAUGUAAGGCUGUGUAAGAUUUGUUUUUAAACUGUACAGUGUCUUUUUUUGUAUAGUUAACACACUACCGAAUGUGUCUUUAGAUAGCCCUGUCCCGGUGGUAUUUUCAAUAGCCACUAACCUUGCCUGGUACAGUAUGGGGGUUGUAAAUUGGCAUGGAAAUUUAAAGCAGGUUCUUGUUGGUGCACAGCACAAAUUAGGUAUAUAUGGGGAUGGUAGUUUUUUCAUCUUCAGUUGUCUCUGAUGCAGCUUAUAAGAAAUAAUUGUUGUUCUGUUAACUGAAUACCACUCUGUAAUUGCAAAAAAAAAAAAGUUGCAGCUGUUUUGUUGACAUUCUGAAUGCUUCUAAGUAAAUACAAUUUUUUUUAUUA